GAAAACUGAGCGUGGGUGCCGAGGCCGUCCAGCACGGGGUGGAGGGACUCGCCUACCUUCUUACCGAGAGCUCCAAGCUGAUGAUUUCUGAGAUAGACUUCCAAGAUUCCAUUCACGUUCUGGGAUUCUCAGAUGAACUGAACAAAUUGUUGCUCCAGCUGUACCUUGAGAACAGGAAAGAGAUCAGGAGCAUUCUUAGUGAGCUGGCACCAAAGCUUCCCAGCUACCACAGUCUGGAAUGGAGACUGGAUGUGCAGCUUGCAAGCAGAAGCUUGAGACAACAGAUUGAGCCUGCCGUGACUAUAAAGCUGCAUCUCACUCAGGAUGAGGAUCAGACUGCCCAAGUGUUGCAAACCGACCCCUCCACCCUCCUCCACCUCAUUCAGCAGCUGGAACAAGCGCUGGGGGAGAUGAAAACAAACCACUGCAGGAGAAUCGUGCGCAACAUGAAAUAG